CCUUUAUGAACCUCGCUCCCUUGGAUCUGUGCAGGAGGAAACAAACCAUAGAGGGAGAGAAUUUCACCCGAAAAUCUCCUCCUUGGAAAAUCAUCCCACGAUCAAUAUAGUAGCUCCAGUUUUUUCAUCUGCCUCAUCAGUUUCAUUCAAAAGUAUCAAACUUUUAGAUGUCUACAGCAGAUUUUGGUGACGUUUCUCGG